UUAAUCGAAUGAAAAUGAGCCUCGUACGAAUAUCCGUGACGGUACAUAGUAAAUGGUCAUACUAGAAUUAUGCUAUUUAUAUUCAGAAUGCAACAGACGAGAAUGCUCAUUGAAAAAUCUAUGAAAAAGGAGAUUCUCGUUCCGAUAAUAAUUCUAUUCUUAGUAACUGGCCUUUCACGGGGAUUGAAUUGCAGCGGAGAUCCAUGCAUGUACGGAAUUUGCUUAGAAGAUGCAAACAGCACCUAUUCUUGCUACUGUAUCGAUGGCUACACUGGAAUCAAUUGCGAGAUCAAUUGGGAUGAUUGUUGGUCUGAUCCGUGUCUCAACGGAGGAACGUGUAUCGAUGCUGUCGCGGCGUAUAAUUGCACCUGUCUCGACGGUUUCGUAGGUAUUAAUUGCGAGCAAAAGUAUAGCGAAUGCUCGAAUCAUCCUUGUCUCAAUAAUGGGACAUGCCUCGAUUACGAUGGCAUCAUUUGCCAAUGCCCUGACGGAUACUCAGGUGAUUAUUGUGAAAUCGACGUUUCGGUUUGUAACGACACGAUAUGCAAGAACGGAGGGGAAUGCGUGGAAGGACCUGGCUUCUCUUUUUAUUGCCGCUGUUCCGAAGGCUGGACAGGCCGAUUGUGCGACGAAGAUGUCAACGAGUGCGUCACGUCGCCGUGCAAAAACGGCGGUCUUUGCAUCAACAUACCUGCUACGUACACGUGCGCUUGCCUCUUCGGGUACACGGGUAAAGACUGCGACAAGGCUAUCAUACCCUGCGACGAAAAUCCUUGCAAGAACGACGCGGUAUGCUUGUUCGAAGACGAGCGACCGGUUUGCUACUGCGUGCCCGAUUACCAUGGCCAAUUAUGCGAGCUUAAGUACGAUGAUUGCGAAUCGAAAUUCGCAAACUGCGAGAACGGGGGUACUUGUAUCGACGGCGUGAACAGUUUCACUUGCGCCUGCCCGACGUUCUACAGCGGUCCAUUUUGUAAUACCUACGAUCUUCCAUCAACCACCUUCUCACCCUUCGAGAGAACUGAGACUGAUAGCGACCAGAAGAUCACUGCCUUUACCUCACAGAUACUGCCAGAAAUGUCAUCCGUGACUUCCACGACAGUGCAAUCUUCAUCUAAGGGUACGAGUCGUUCCUAUACGAAAUGGUACCCGUUCACCGAGACGUCCUCCACAGAUAGAACCGAGGUAGAUUUUUUUACUAGCAGUAGCAGCGGCAGUAGCGAUGGCACAGAAACUACUUUUGUCACGACACCCAUGUACAUAACGAGUAAAGAGAUGUCUCAAACUGAAAUAGUCUCGUUAGAAACCCAAACGUUUUCCAAUGUUUCGAGCGAGGUACCAUCGAUAGUUCCAACAUUAAAAAUCGAAGCGGAACAUGGUACACCGAAAUUCGGUUUAAAUGAAACGACGACUGAAACGAUCUAUCAAGAGAACGGUAGAACCUUCGCGUCUGUACAUCCUACUGAUUCCCUCACUUCAGAGGCUACAAUGGGAUAUGUUCCAAGUACAGGGUAUUCUACGGUGACUACUACUGAGAAAGUGAUAAAAGAGAUCACGCCGGAGAGUGAAAGAAGUAGCUCGGUGACUACUACUGAGAAAGUGAUAGAAGAGAUUACGCCGGGCAGUGAAAGAAGUAGCUGGCUCUCUACCAUCACGACUUCCUCGAGUUUUAUAGAGUUUGGGCAAAAUAGAACGGAAUCGACAAGCUCUAUAGCAGGUCAACCAUUUACAGAUAGUUGGACGUUCACUGAAUUAUCGAAGCCUUCAAGCACAGGGAUUGAAAGUUCUACAUUUGCUUUUGUUACCAAUGUUUCUUCACCCGUGACGAGUAGCACUGUGAAGACAAUUUUUGACGAAAGUACUACUGCCAGUGAGAGUGAACGAAUUUCGACAAAAGCUGGAUCACCGGCCACCGUAGAAAGUAGUACAACUACAGAAUGUCAAGGAACUUCUUGUAUAAGUACCACGGUACCCUCGCACAACGGCCGUGAUUGCAACUGCACGCAGCGCGAGAAUUGCAAAACCGGUCCUGACAUAGUGCGAGCUGCGUUCUAUGGAAAAUCGUACGCGAGGCAACAUGUCGACGUUGAAAUUUCGGGUGGCAAUAACGCGACGAUAAGAAUUUUUGUUCGACUCAAAACCCGUUUCAAGGACGGUAUCAUAUUACACGUUUACUUCGACAACGAGAAAUACGCGUUGGUGUAUUUGGAAUAUGGCUCGUUAAAGUUUCAAUUCUCUUGUGGGCUUGACACCAUGCUACUAGGCGAGAUAGAUUCGCCUAUCGACAACGGAUACGAAACACAGAUCGAUACACGAUUUCAGUAUUUCAUGAGAAACGAGACUAACAAAUGUUCAGCACGUUUGCUAGUGAACGGUACGGCAUCAGUGAGCGGAGAACAAAUUUUACCAUUACAUGGGCAUCUCCCGCGACACGCUAAUUUGCAUUUGGGUGGAAUACCAAUGGUAUUUUCUCACUAUUUCGCCCACGUCUCUAUGGGAUUCACCGGCUGCAUGGACUCGCUGAGGAUAAAUGACGAGCCGCGUCACUUCAUCCACGACUCUAUAGAAACAUUUCAAAUCGAGGAUUGCGUAUCAUUUUUGUGCCUGUCGAAUCCAUGUCAAAAUUUCGGCGCGUGCGAAGAGGUAAACGGCACGGUGCGGUGCAGAUGCAUAGCGGGAUACACGGGCCCGUUUUGCGAGCGUUCGACGUGCGAUGAAAAUCCUUGCGCACUAGGCGCGACUUGCAUCAGUUCACCUGGUUCAGGUUUCGUUUGCGUUUGUCCACUCGGGACUCAUGGACUUCUGUGCGAAGAAGAUACUGUCAUAACUCGACCGUCAUUCUCGGUACUCGUACCUGGAUUCUCUUCGUACAUCGCUUACGGUGUAUCGAACUCCAUAAGAGAUACAAUGGAGUUGAAGUUGAAGCUGAUACCGCGUACUUUCGAACAAAUAUCUUUGAUAGCUUAUUUAGGGCAAAGCGGAUCACGUCGCGAUCUAUCGGAUCACCUCUCCGUAACAUACGUCCGCGGUUACAUCAUGUUAACAUGGGACUUGGGAGCUGGAGUUCGUAGAAUAUUUACCAGCGUUCCGUUGAAUGCGGCAACGAUAACAGCAACGGCGAGCAAGAGUUACAUGACGUACACGGUCCGGGUUGGAAGAAGGGGUCGGGAUGCGUGGCUCGCAGUGGAUGGUAUAGGCAAUGUAACUGGUCGAGUGGUUGGCUCCAUGACACGGCUCGAUGUAUCGCCGAUACUUUAUAUCGGUGGACACAAGUCGAAGAACUUUGAACUAUUGCCCCAUGAUCUGCCUCUUCAUACUGGCUUUUCUGGUUGUAUAUUCGACAUCGAAUUACGCACGGAAAAUUCGAUUUAUCCGAUAACCAGUUCCAGCCCUGCAACAGGUCGUGGCGUUGGUGAAUGUCACCGGAACGAGUGCAUUCGGCAUUCAUGCAAAAACGGCGCGGUGUGUUUAAACCAUGGGGCUACGUAUAGUUGCAUUUGUACAAAAGAAUGGAUGGGAUCUGAUUGUUCCAUACCGAUAAAACCGUUAUCUUCUGUUGAGUCAUCCUCUUGUAACACUCCAAAUUAAUAAAAACGUUGUUUAA